UACAUCGCCAUCUUGAAGGAACGGUACUUGCCCGAAUAAGACGUAGACGUUGUAAAUCGUUAAAACUCGUAUAUUGGACGGGUCAUACAGCAAUGCCAAGAAGAAGACAUGACUCAUCCACCUCUGCAUCUGACAGCAGUGAUGAUCAAAAUAGGAAAGAACAAAGCAGAAAACGAGACUUCAAGCAUGGAACUAGAAGUCCCGACAGUGAAACACACACCAGCCAUGAUAAAGAUGGUAGAAAGGAUCACAAUGUAAGAUCAUCAACAAAUGGCAGACGAAACCGGAAGAAUUCUGAAUCCAGUGAUGCCAGUCCAGUAAAAGUCAGAAGUCUCAAAGAUGUGUCCAGAACAGACAAAGCACCAAGAUCUGUAGCACUUGGGUCAGAUCUCAAAGAGCCUGAUCGCAGAGAACAAGGGACACUUAAAAGACGCGAAUUGAAUGAGGUCAAUGAUGAUCGUCCAAGAAACAAGCGUGGCAGUUCUCAAGAUAGAUAUUCCAGCUCAAGAGGCCCUGUUGAAAGGACUUCACCUGCUGAUGACAGAUUGUCACAACGUGUUCCAUCCCCACGUCAACAAAAUAGAAAGUCAGGAACUACAAGGUCCAACAGAUCAUUGAGUAAUGAACGUGUGCGUUUAGAGAAGCCAGUUGAAAAAAGUAGAAGCCAAAGACAAGUUUUGUCCAAAUCUCCAGAAGAAAAAAGUAAGACAAGCAAUCGUGACACUAAUGAAAAAUCUGGUUCUAGGAACAAGAAAAACUCCCGGGAACCAGAAUCAACUAUCCGGAAUUCUCGAGAUCUUACUCAAAUGAGUAAUAAGUCUGAGAAAAGGCAAAGAGCACAUUCAAGUGACAGCGAUGGGGGUGUUGAUAGAAAGUCGAAUACCUCACAAAAGAGUAAGGACAAAAAGAAAAGCCAGCAGUCGGACAAAGAUGAUUCCCUUGAAAACAGCUUUGAAAGAAGUAAAAAAUUCCUUGGUUCUCAUUCCAGUGAUUUUGAUAUUCCAGAGCCAGAAAAUGUUGAAUUUGUUAGUCCUUCUGAGUUGAAUAACAAAAAGCCAAGCUCUAAGCGUCAAAGACUAGACACUUCUUCGGACACAGAAAUUCUCAAGCAAAGGAAAGACAAAAACGAUUCUUUGGAAGAAAGCAGAAAAACAAGUCGCAAAAAGAAACAAAAGAAAGAUAAGCUUGAUUCCACAAAUUCAUCUUUCAAUGACACAUCAAGUUCCCCAAGUCCAAAAAAGACAAAGAAAGCAGAAAAGUCACCAAGUGCUCGUGAGAGGUCAGGACGAUCAGAGGUGAAUACAUGGCGCUUUUCUGACAGAUCUGUUGGUCGCAAGCAUGACAUGGCCCAAUUUGAGAGCGAGCCGGAGAGUGGCGAGCUGACAGACAGUGAGGAUGAGAUAGCCAAGGGACCCAAGGCUGUCAGGAGUUUUGUCAGUAAGCCUAGUGAGGAGUUUGACCCGGCUACUGUGGAGGAUGAGCGAUUCCUGAACGCCAAACGCAAGGCAGAGAUGAUACUGAGGGAGAAACAGGCUCAAUCUCAGGAGGACAAGGCCAGUAAAAGGAAAGCUGACCCAGAGCCCGAAGUGUCAAGGUCUCCAGUACCCAAGAAGCCCAAGCCUACUGAUGCGGGCAUCGAAGCCCUGACUGGGCGCACAGGCGGGGCCUACAUCCCACCGGCCAGGCUGAGAGCCAUGCAGGCUAAUAUUACUGACAAGUCAAGUGUGGAGUUUCAGCGGAUAUCCUGGGAGGCUCUCAAGAAGUCUAUCAACGGUCUCGUGAACAAAGUGAACGUGGGAAACAUCGAGAAUAUCGUGCGAGAGAUCUUUCAGGAAAAUAUUGUCAGGGGAAAGGGGUUGAUGGCCCGGUCCAUCAUACAGGCCCAGGCUGCAUCUCCCACGUUCACCCACGUCUAUGCUGCACUGGUAGCCAUCGUCAACACCAAGUUCCCUCAGAACGGAGAGCUGGUGCUCAAGCGUCUGAUCAUUCAGUUCCGGCGCGGCUACAAACGUAACGACAAGAGCAUCUGCCUCUCCGCGACACGCUUCAUUGCCCACCUCGUCAACCAGCAAGUGGCCCAUGAAGUCCUCUCCCUGGAGAUACUGACCCUCUUACUGGAGACCCCAACAGACGACUCCGUGGAGGUCGCCAUUGGAUUCCUCAAAGAGUGUGGACAGAAACUCACGGAAGUUUCGCCCCGUGGAAUUAAUGCCAUCUUUGAGCGUCUGCGGACCGUUCUACACGAGGGACAGAUCGAGCUGAGAGUUCAGUACAUGGUGGAGGUCAUGUUCGCAGUGCGCAAGGACAACUUCAAGGAUUUCCCGGCCAUCGUAGAGGACCUGGAUCUCGUGGAGGAGGAGGACCAGUUCACCCACCUGCUCACCCUUGAGGACGCUGUGAACCCUGAGGAUAUCCUCAACGUGUUCAAGCCAGAUCCACAGUUCCAAGAGAACGAAGAAAAAUAUGCCAUCCUGAAGAAAGAGAUCCUUGGUGAAGGCAGUUCAGAUGAGGAAGGUGAGAGUGGCUCCGGCAGUGGCUCGGACAGUGAGUCAGACAGUGAUAACGAAGAAGAGGAAGCCGCUAAGCAGACGAUCAUCGACCAGACGGAGACAAACCUGGUGGCAUUGAAGAGGACUAUCUACCUCACCAUUCAGUCCAGUCUGGACUUUGAGGAGUGUGCCCAUAAGUUGAUGAAGAUGGAGCUCAAACCAGGCCAAGAGGUGGAGCUGUGUUACAUGAUACUGGACUGCUGUGCCCAGAUGAGGACCUAUGAGAAGUUUUUUGGACUGCUGGCGGGGAGGUUCUGCAUGCUAGACCGCAAGUACGUGGAGCCGUUCCAGGCGAUGUUCAAGGAGCAGUACGAGACCAUUCACCGCCUGGAGACCAACAAACUGAGGAACGUGGCCAAGUUCUUUGCUCACCUGCUGUUCACAGACUCCAUCUCGUGGGCAGUAGUGGCCAACAUCAAGCUGAACGAGGAUGACACGACGUCGGCCAGCCGUAUCUUCAUCAAGAUCCUGUUCCAGGAGCUCUCGGAGUAUCUGGGUCUGCCCAAGCUCAACGACAGGCUCAAAGACCCGACUCUUCAAGAGUAUUAUGCGGGUCUGAUGCCCAGAGACAACCCUCGGGACACGAGAUUCGCCAUCAACUUCUUCACAACCAUUGGGCUGGGUGGUCUCACAGAUGACCUCCGUGAGCACCUGAAGAACGUCUCCAAGAAGCUUAUGCAGCAGAAACAGGAGCAGCAGGAGCUUGCAGCGGCGGCAGUGGAGGAGUCUGAGUCAUCCGGGAGCUCUGAGGAGUCUAAUGAUGAAAGUGACGACUCCAGCAACUCUGAUAGUUCUUCAGAGUCAGAAUCAGCUGAUGAAGACCCAUCUGUAAAACGUAAAAAGGACUCUGGAAAAACCAGACCAAUGGAAAAAACGAGCAAGAAAAAAGAAUCGCCUGCCUCAGGUUCUUUAAAUCGCAAUAUCGAUAGAGCAAAUGGAAAGCAUGACCGCAAUGGGAGAAUGGAUGAGAGGAAAAACAAGAAGAAACCAAAGCAACCUAGCCAGGAGGACGUGCAGAGAGAGCAAGAAGAAAAGUUCAGAAAAUUGGCAAAACUGGCCAAUUACGGUGACAUUGAUAAUUUGCCACCCCCUGGAGGUUUUCAGGAAGAAAAAUCAAGGAAAAAAGCUGGUAAGAAGGAAAAAAGAAAACAAAAAGAUUUAGAUUCGUCUAGAGAGGAGUUCGUAGAUAGUGAUGCAAUUAGGGUCGGUAAAAAUCGAAGAGACAGAAAUCGUGAGCAGGGAGAUGUUUUUUCUGAUGGGUCUCAAAAAAAUCGAGAUCGAGAAGAGAAAGGCUCAAGAAGGGCAAUGCAGCGGAGUUAUGAGAAGCAUAGCAGCCCAGAUAGCAGUGAUGCACUGGAUGCCAGGAAUUACCGAAGCGAUCGUAACAGUGGAAGGGAUGAUCGUAACAGCGGAAGGGACGACAGUUUUGGGGGGUCAGGUGAUAGGGAUAAUCGGCGCGGGGUUAGAGAUGGCAGGGAUGACCGGCAGCAGGGUAGAGGUGAAAAAGGGGAUGGAAAAAGAAAAGAAAGAAAAGACAAAGACAGGCCUAAGAAAGACAAAAGAGGCGAGCUGAUUGUGGGUGACAAAGAUGAUGCUAGGGUCCAUGUUGAGAGGACAUUUGAAAGGCUAGACAUCUAUGAGGAUAAAUUCGAGAAGGAAAGGCAGAGGAACUUGGAAAUGGUCAGGGACAGGGAGGAGUACCAUGAAUUGUAUCAGGGGAGGGAUGAUAGGAGAGGGGGAAGAGGAGAGGGGGGUCGUGAUGACAGGGAGGGGAUCAGCAGGGGAGGUAGGGGUGAGGAAGGGGACAGAUUUGAAAGGGGGGAUGAGAGGAGGAGGCCAGGGAGAGUGGAGGAGAGUCGGAGGAGGCGAUGAGGAGAAUCUUGGAACUUGAAACCUGGAAAUUUAGAAGGGAAUAAUUGAUUUUAUUAGGGAAAAAUAUAAAAUCAAGAGGAAUAUCAAUGCAGUAAUUGUGUGGGGUAUGGGAUUGCUUUUACACUUAUUCCCACAAUUGCACUUCUUUUUGUCAUUCGUGAAUAGCGAGCCUGUUUUGAGACUGAGAGGCAAUGGUGAUUGUGAAUGAGGUAAAAGCUUGGGUGGCAGAGGUAAUUGCAUCAGUGCAGAAUAUGUGUCCAGGUUUAAUUAGAAUGAAAAAUAAGCCAAUUGUCUCGACAUUUUGAAUUGGUGGAAUGAAUUUAUUGUAUGCACCCAACAGGCACAAAAUCUGCAUACAAUCUAUGAAAUAAAGGUCUUAUCCAAAUAUUAUGAUAUGGUUUGAAGGAUUCCCUUUACUCAUUGUGAAUACAAUACCUUUAUUGGUUUAUGACUGAACAUGAAAAUUAGGAUCAGCUUGAUAGUACGCAUAUAUGAGAAUAUAAAAAUAUGGUUGAUUGUAUUUCUAUUGGUAUGUUUUUGAGAGGGAUGAAGGAAAAUGUAUUUUUGUUUUUGUUUUUGAGAAUGAUGAAGAAAAAGAUGCAAACAUUGUGGACAAUGGGUUUAUACAUCGUUUGAGAAGACCAAAGGGUAUUCCACUUUGGUACGGUGGUUGAUUUAACAUUAAGCGAUGUCAACUUCAUAGCAUUUUUAUGUGGGCAAGAAAUUAUACAUAAUGUUGUUUUAAGAUGUAAUAAAUUUGAUUGUUACAAUAUCAUUGCAUAUAUUUGCAGAAAAAACAAUUGUUGAUUUUAUAAUUUUGUAAAUAUCUACCGGUACAUUAAGACAAUUUAUUUAAAUGAGUUGCCAGUUGCAUGGUUUGUAAAGAAAAACAACCUCAACAAAAUGUCAGUAGACACCUGAAUUAUAUAGAAAAUUACAUAGUAUAUGUAAGUGUACACUACAUAACUUAUUUGAAGUAAUUAAUAAAAAAUAUGCGAGUGUAGUUUAGAGAGUUUUAUGGUAUUUAAGAAUAACCAGUAAAUUUGUGAAUGCUUUAUUAAAUACCCUCUCUCUCUCUCUCUCUCUCUCUCUAUAUAUAUAUAUAUAUAUAUAUAUAUAUAUACUUGUAUGUUAUUGUGCUGUAUAUUGAAUUGAAUUGAUAGCGGUAAAACAGAGCGAAUGGUAACUUGUUGAUAUCAUAAAUGUAUGUUGGUUGAUAAUGUAAAUGCCGUAGAUAUGUUAAGAUAUGUAUGCUAUAUAAAAUUCAAUUCUUGAACAUAAAAGGCAAUCGUAGGUCAUUCAUUUUAUUGUAAUGUUUAAAUAUUUUUAUAUCGACAUUUGAUUUCAACUUUUUGUAUCUACAAUUUUUUUAAUCUAUAUUUGCAAGUUCAACGUAUACUUCAUUGUUUAGUCUGAAUUCUGUGCCGUAAAGUGCUUUGCAUUAAACAUGUCUUAUUUAA